AUGUCUGCUAAUUAUUUGUAUUCAAAUACUCCGUUGGCAUCACUUUUACCACACCAGCAACAUCUGGUUACUCAACGUAGUCGCUCAGCUUCAACAUCCAACGCUUGUCCAAAUAUUCCUGUACAAUAUCAAGGUGCUCUUUCACAACCUUAUCAGACUCUUGGACCUAUGGAUGGUUCUUGGACUCAAGCCCAAGGAUUGUAUGUAAAUGGAUUAAACAAACUGGUGAACAUCUUUCCGGGUCAAAACAUGACAGAUAUGGAGCAAACGCCUACGAGUCAACCGAAUGAGAUUUACAAAUAUCCAUCAAAUAUUAAAUUAAACGAGUUAAGUACAAGAUCAUGUAGUCAUACUUUUCAAUCGUCAAAUGGAAAUACUGUAGGUAAUCAUGGUGGAUCUGUUACACUAGGCGGAGGUCAACAAGUUCAUUUUGCAGUUGCAGCCAGUUUGAAUGGUUUAGUUCAAUCGCAUACAGGAUUACAAAAUCCAUUAACAUCUAUACACUCUGAUCAAACAUCUAUUCUUCAUUCAACAUGUCAACAUUCAUCUGGUCAAUCAUUUCUUAUUCCUGGGAUAAUAGGACAACCAAGUAUAAGAACAUUAACACAGGAUAAUUUAUCUCCAUCUCUAUACAAAGAGUCUACUUCAAAUCAAUCAAUUUUAUCAACAGGUUCAAAGCAAAUAAAUCAUUUUAAUAAUACAACUAAUACUAUACAUGAUAUUCAUCCACGAAUGAUUGAUGUUAAUAUAUCAACAAAUCAAUCAAAUUAUAUUCCAUCAAUUCCAAUUCAACAACAUUCUGUUAUCUCUCAUCAUCAACUUUAUACAAGUCCUACACUUCAACCACCGCCGCCGCCACCACCACCACCAUCAUUACAUGGUAUGGUAGAAUAUGUUCAAACUGUAUAUCCUACUAAUCCAAAUAUUCAUCAUAUACCAUAUACUCAACAAUCUGCAACAUUAUUUAAUCAUUAUUCAAAUCCAUUGAAUUCAAGAAUGAAUACACGUGUACAUCAUCAUCAUCAUCAUCAUACUACAUGGACUGGUCAUGAAGAUAAUUCUUCAUCGAAUGUUAAUCAUGAUUCAUCAUCUAUUAAAAAGAUAAAAAAUGGUAAAAUGAUCAUUUCAAAUGAAUUUUCUUCUACUAGAAAUGAAUAUAAUUUGAAUUCACAUGGUGUAUAUUCACACUAUCCAUCUACUCCAUACUUUUCUGGUGGUUUCAAUCAAUCAUCUUUUUAUCAAUCAGAUACUCAGAAAACAGAUAUACUGACUAACUUACCUGGUUCUGUUACAUUCCAACAUAAUAAUAAUAAUAAUGGUACUACUACCAAUAAUAAUAGUAAUAGUAAUACUAAUAAUAAUCAUAAUGACAUACAAAAACAUGCAUCCAAUUAUCAGAAUCCUAUCCCUUUACAGUUUAACAAUUCUGCAACAUCAUCAAUGAUGAAUAGAAUCGAUUUCCCUAGUAAUGAUAUCUCAUAUAUGACAUCUGUUCCAAUGAAUCAGUUACCGGUAAGAUCUACUCAUCAAGUUCAUAAUACUGCCUAUUUACCAUCAAUUCCAUCUUGUCUACCUGUUCAAAACAACAACAAUAACAAUAGUGGUAGUACUACUAGUACUAGUAAUCAUAAUAACUAUACUAACAAUCAUAAUCCACACUCUUCACAUGCAUAUAUAUUCAAUUCUGAGAAUUCGAGUACAUUACAACAACCAAAUUAUCCUGUAAAAGAUAACUAUUCUUAUGGAAAUCAAAAAUCACGUGAUUGGAAUAAAUCGAAAGAGAUAAAUCAUUAUAAAAAUGUACUAAAUCUUCGUCAUUCUCGUCAAACUAAUAUUCGACUAAAGAAUGGAACGAAAGGAUAUGGAUCAGAACGACAAAUUGGUCUUAUAGAUCGUAGGAUUACUGCUAAUUAUGCAAAUGAUAAAUCAAGUGUAUCAGGAAGACAUAUUAAUAACAAUUUCACAUCUCAUACAACUACAACUUUUGUUCCUUCAGGUGGUCCUGGUCUUAUAUCUUCUAAUACCUCUACACCUUGCUAUGAAUUCAAUUCAAACAGUCAGGUGAAUACAAAACCGAAUCAUAUUGAUUAUCAUCCACAAUUUUAUGCAAACACAUACAGUUCAGUGAAUCAACCAUCAAUGAUGCAUACUGAACAUUGUGAUGGUGGUCUGCCAAGACCUAUCCAAAAUUAUCAAUCAUGUCUUAUGAAUAAUAACUUGUUGUUACCUAGUUGUAUUCAAAGUCUUCCUGAAAAUCUGAUCGCAAGCUUAAAAUUGAGUGGCUUUCGACUUGUUCUAGACUCAUGUCCAACAAGAAUGUUACUUAGUACUUCCUUGGUUGGUUCAAUUAUUGGUCGAGGUGGUCGAACUAUUCGUCAGAUUACAACAAAAACUGGCGCUAAAAUAGGAAUGAAACAGGAUAUUAUUAUAUUUUCACAAUUCUCUUUGCCAGGAAAAGGCAAGAAAACUUUCAAGUCUUUAGAUUCUAACAACAACAACAACAACAAUAUUAGCAGCAACACCACUGCGUGUGCUGAUCAUCAACAUGAUGAUGAAGUAAAGGAGAGAAAAUCUCAAGUAUCUGACACUAAUAAAGAUACUUCUGGUAGCCUUGAUAACAAUCCAGACAAUAAUGAUGAACAAUCAACAGAGUUGAGCGUAAAUUUGAACACUGAAUCUGAAGUCUUAUCAACUACUACCACUACUACUACUACUACUACUACUACUGCUACUACUACUAGUAGUAGUAGUAGUAUUAGUAGUACUAGUAAACUACUUCAAUCUAAAUUAGAAGUUCAAUCAGAUGAGAGUCAACUGGCUAUACUUUAUGGAUCAAGGGAACAGUGUUCAUCAGCAUUAUAUGAAAUUCUUACUAUAUGCUUUCGUGAAUCAAAACAUCGUGGUUUCUCUGAUCCUUGUCUAGGCUUACUUGUUGAACAACAAAUUUAUGCUCAAUUAAUUAUGAAUAAAGGUAAAAAAUACUUCAAUGCUAUACAUUCUGCUACAGGAGCACGUAUAUCAGUAACAGGUACACCACUUCAAUUUCGUUCAUGUUGUCAUGAUGGCGGUGAUGGUGGUGAUGGCGGUGAUACAACCAAUGAUAAAUUGAAUAUUACUACAACUGAUCGAGUAUUAAUUAUUCGUGGUCAAUUAAAUUCUAUAUGUGCUGCUGAAGCAUAUCUUAGUGAACAAAUUCGUUGGGCAACAAUUGAAUCAAUAAUACCAUCACAAUUUUGGCCAUUACUUAAUUAUUUACCUUAUUCACCUUAUUUAUCAAUAAAUAAUAAACAGUUAUCGAAAUCAAUUAAUAAUUUAUCAUUUAAUUAUAAUCCAAAAUCUGUAUGUUCAUUAAUUAUGUCAUUGGGAUGUAUAUUUUGGCCUCAAUCAGUAUGUGCAAAACUUGGAAAAAAUUCUACUCAUCAUCAUCAUAAUAAUAAUAAACAUUUUUUAUCACACCAUACAACUGACCAAUCAAGAAACAAUAAUAAUAAUAUCACAUUACAAGAUGAUAAUACAAAAGAUACUCAGAAUAACAGUAUCAAUUCAGGACACAUGGAUAAAGUUAAUGAUGAGGAGAAUGAUACUAAUCACAGUGAAACACAAGACACUAAGCACAACAACAAUGCCGAUGAUGAUGAUGAUGAUACAGAUAUGGAUGGAAAUAGUGAUAGUGAAGUUGAAACUAUCGUUUAUACAAGUGAAACUGACUGUAAGAUGAUAUCGAAUGAAUACAUUGACAAUACUAGUGAUCUCGAUUCAAAUAACAAUCAUCUAUCCACUCUGAUCGACAGUCAUAUAGUUGAUGAUGAUGAUGAUGAUGAUGACUACAAUAGAACUACUGAUUGUGUUCUACCAUCCAAUUUAGAAGAUAAAGUCACUACUACUACUGCUACAGGGAUGUCUGAUGAAGAAAAGAGUAAACAAGUUAUUGUAUCACAAUCAUCAGUAUAUUAUAAUUACAUUGAUUCAAAUGAAAAAAAAUUGUAUAAAUUAGAUGAAAGUAAUUCUUUUGAUCAAUGUACAAGUUUAACCUUACCACCAACAGAAAUUAAUCUACUUAUGUCGACUGCAAUUCAACAAUCUUUAAUUGCUGCUGUUGGUCCAAUCGCUUGGUUAGCUACUGGAGGUGUACUUUAUAUGCGUGUCUCAUAUAAUGAAGCUGGUGCAUUAAUUGGUACCGAAGGAUGUCGUAUACAACAAUUAAUGCAAAUCACUGGAGCUGAAAUACAUAUUGGCAAGGUUUCAAUUAGUCCACCAUAUGCAAUCAAUUCUAACACCUUUAAACAUGUUCAUUCAACAACACGACGUAUAAUUGAUAGAAAAUCAUCAGAAUGUUGUAUUCCACUUGCUGACUCCUUUUUAAUAAAGGAUAAUAAUAAUAAUAAUAAUGAUCCUAAUAGUCAUAUUAUAGAGAAUAAUGAAUUAUCAUCUUCAACAACCAUGGAUAUUAUUCAAAAGGAUACUGAAAUGAAUAAAGACAAAGAGAUCAGUAUAAAAGAAGUCUAUAUUGAUAAUCAAUUAUUAAUGAAUACUAAUCGAGAGAAUGAUGAGUCUAGUAUUCUUGUUGAAUGCACAGAAACAUCAUCUUCAACUCCUCCUCCUUCUCCUUCUCCUUCUCCUCCUACCUCGUCUACUCUCUGCCAUGUUAAUAAUGAUAAUAAAAUGAAGAUGGUAGAAGUAGUAGAAGUUGAAACAUCUACUAAUCAAUUAUCAUAUAUGAAUCAAUCUGAAAUAUCUUGUCAAGAGAAAACGAUUGAAUUAGAACCUACACCAGCACCACCACCACCAGCAUCAUCAAGUCAAUCAUCCUAUCGUUUGAUUACAUUAUCCGGUUCUGCUCAAUCUCAAAUUAUGGCACAAUGGCAAAUAUUUCAACGUCUUAAAAAUUUGAAUAAGAAACAAGCUAGCUCUACUUCAAAUGGUAAUUGUAAUCCAUCUCAGAAACCAUUUCGUCUAGCUACAUUAAUAUGUUUACCAUAUCGAUUUUUAUGGUGGCUUACAGCUUAUAAUCCAGGCUUCUUAGAGAUACCUCCUAUUCUAACAUCAAAGUUGAAUAGUUCAGAUAAUUGUCAUCAUGAUAAUAUGAAUAAUAACAACAAUGAACAGAAAUCUGGAACUUCUCCAUUGAACUGGAUUCAAUCUUUAGCCAGAAAACAUAUGAAUAUGAAUCAAGCGAAUAAUGAUGAUAAUUCACUAGAUAAAUUUAUUCAUGUAUUACCUGAACCUAGACGACGUCGUCGUUUAGUUCAACAACAGCUUAAAAGGAUAAAUACUUGUCGACGUGGACAAUAUAUGAAGUAUAAUGGGAACUGUUUAUCUAAAACUCUUAUUCUCCCAUUGAAAGGUUUAACUAAUGAUGGUUUAGAUCAAUUAUGGGCUAAUCCUAGUCAUGUACCCUUGGAAAUUUAUGCUGAUUUUGAAACUACACAACUUGUCCUAACUAAUUUACAUCAUAUGUUAGCCUUAUGGUUAUAUGGACAAUCUUUAGCUGGUAUAUCUAUUCAAUCAUUUAUUCAAUCACCAAUGUUAUUUUAUCCAUCUAAUGGACAUUCCAACUCGAGUACAAUGCAUACACGAUCAUAUCGUCAAUCGAAUCGUUUCAAUGUUAAUCAAUUGAACUGUUUACCAAUGAUUCCAUCAUCAUCAUCAUCAUCAUCCGCAUCCGCAUCGUCAUCCUUAUCAUUCAAUCAUCAUGAUCCAUUGUUAUACAAUUCUAUAAGACAAUAUCAACAUCAACAACAAUCUUUUCAUCAUCCUAUACCAUUAUCAUCAUCAUCAAAUGAUGAUAAUCUUUCAAAUCCAAUGUCUAUAACACUUACUGGAUUAUCACCGUCAAUAUUUACAGAUCAUUCUAAUUAUAUAAAUCAUCUUAUACAACCAUAUUAUUAUCCACGUUAUCCUUUAAUGAAUUGGCAUGGUGUUAGUAAUAACAAAUAUUCAGGGCAAACAAUAACAUCAGAUUCUAGUACAAUAAAACCUAUACGUAUUGGAGCCCCAACACUUUAUGGUUACUGGCCACGUGGACGUUUUAGAUAUACACUUGAAGAGAAAUCUAAUUUAGAUGGAAGAGAUUAUCCAUCGUCUAUAUUUCAUAAUCAUUUACAGUCAACACGAUUUACAUCACCUGUGACAACUGGUGGUUAUACUACAUUGAUUACUAAUUUACAUUUUCAAUCACCACAUUCAUCUACAACUGUAAAUCAUAUUCAUACUUCAGUUCCUGCACAAAUUGUUCCUAAUUCAUAUUCCUAUCGUACUUCAUCUGUUCCACCAUAUUCAAAAAUUAGAUUUCGUAAUUCAUGCAGUAAUAGCGGUGGUGGCGGUACUACUACCACGACUACCACGACUACUAUUACAGAGCCAUUCAUUUCGACUAGUAUACCCCUACUGGAUACACCGAAUCGAAGUAAUCGAUCAAGUUUUGUUCAUUAUUCAAAGUCAUCAAGUCAUUUGGUAAAUAAUCAUGAAAACAAUCAGGGAACACGUACAAAACAGAAUUUAAAUGAAUCCCGGAACAAGGAUGAUUUACCUGUCGGUGGUGGUAGCUAG